AUGGAUCCCCGGCCCCGGCUCAAACGGGGCCUCUGUCACGGGGCUCGUGUGGUCAUUAGAGCGAGCUCCAAACACGGGCAGAAGCAGGAUGACAAAUCACAACAAACUCCCAGCACGCCACCGCCGGCUCGCUCCCUCUCCGGAUCUGUGAGUGAACCUACGCAGAGUGUCGGACAGUUUCUGCACAACUAUGAUUAAGCUGUCACCGCGGGGAGGCCGGUUUGUCAGCACUCGGGAUCUCUGCGGCGAUUUCUUUAGACAAGCCGGCCUUAAUUGAGUAUUCAGUCCCGGAGCGCUCCUGGUCGGUUUCACCCCGGCCCGUUCCCUGGAGGCUAAACAAACCGCAGCGCUCGCCGGCGGAGCUCUCCACAACAACAUCAGGAACUGGCUCGCCACCAAAGCAGCAGAGUCAGGCUUGUUCUGUCGCUGAACGGCCAUCUGUAAGACGUCCACGUUGUUGUUGUGCGAGUGGAGCAGGAGGGCGUUUAGCUGGAGAAGAGGAGGAGGAGGAGGAGGAGGAGGAGGAGGACAGGUACGGACGACUUUUGUUUUCGCAGCAGUUCAGCAUCACUGCUUUCAAAAACUUUCCUGCAGCGUUCUCACAGACUUUCACGUCCCUGGAGGCCGCCGCCCGCUGUUCACUUGGCUGCAGUGGAGGUGCCAGCUGAUUGGCCAACCAGAACUCUCAGACAAGCCAGCAUUCACCUGUACUCCACUCUAGCUGCCCAAUUACCCACAAGUCCGUGGGGUCCUUCAUUACCCAGAGGCCCAAGGGCUCGGUGUGUGCCAAUGUCCUAAUGAGCGAAAGCAGAAAGACGUGUUCGUGUUCGUGUUCGUGUUGUUGGUGCAGCAGCAGCAGCACGGCGGCGGCGCGCCGACACUUCAGCCAGACCGGAGAAGUUUUCCUGAACACAGAAACCGGCGAAGAGCAGCAGCAGCAGCUAACAGGAACAAGAGCGGCGAUGAUGACUCUCAUCAGGACUACCGACUCAAUCUAGUGUCAGUCAGCCUGCGGGCGAAUACGACCCAAAUCUGCUGA